CGCCCAUCAUGAACUGUGUCUCAAAGUAGCCAAUUUUGGUUAUCGAACUGAGUUCUCAUCAGGUUUCUUUGAAUCCAUUUCGACUACGAACUAUCAGCAUCUGUUUUGAAAGGUCUGAAUUCGUUCUUUGGAAAUGCGGCGGGAAUCGGAUCACGAGGUACAUGCUCACUAUUUCAUACACUUUUCAGAAUCCAAAAUACGACCAUGGGGGGUUGUUCACUAAAUUUAAAAAUGUACUGGAUGCUUCUGAUGAUGAAUUCAAAGCGAUCCACAGAAACUCUCACGAGGCCAUUGACUUGAUGGAAAAGAAAGUUAGAAAUGAAUUUUCUACUGAAGAAACUCGCCUUUCAACUCUGUUGGAUAGAUUCCACGCUAGACUGGGUUCUAAACCUAAUGAUGACAUCCGUCACAAAGUAAACCAAUUAGCAUUGAAACUUUCUGCAAUCGAUUGCCGCAGUUGUUCUCUCCACAGCAUCAAAAAUCGUGUUCUUGCAUCCAAAGAAUAUCAGAAUAAUUUAGAAACAUUGGUUACCUCUUUAGAGAAUUCAUACAAUUCAUUAAGGACAAUUAUUAUGGAGGUCGAUGAGAUGGAAAGGAAUUUAAUAAGGUUUUCUAGUGAUUGGCGUCUCUCCCAAGAAAGCGUGCUAUCAGAUAUGCGUUCCAUGCAGCAUAUCAAAGAAAAGUAUUUAAAUUUAUCGAAAUCCCUUAGUGAAUCAGAUCGUCAAUUAAGUGAGUUAUUGUCAUCCGUUGAAAAAGCACCUGAUCAGCGCCUUCUGAUGUCAUGGAAGAAAGAAAUUGAGGAAAUCAAAGAACGAAAGACAAUAUUAUCUAAUCGUGUGGACCAGUACAUGGGGAUUGAUAUCGAUACCACAAAAGCCGAAAAACAAUUAAGCGAUGCUCUUUCUCAAAUGGCAUCAGUAGACUCACAGUUACAGAAAAUUAUGGGUUUCAACGCAUGGAAUUAGAGCCCACUCCUCAAUAGAAAGCACUUACACCUAAAAAGCUUAUUGUAUCUUAUGUAUUUCACUGAUUACAUUGGUAUAAGCAUUCAUUGCCAAACGGAACAGCACGAUCUCUUGACUUGUUUGUCGACAUAUAUUUACACUGUUAAUUUACUUAUAAAAAAAUUUUAGUCUCAAA